ACGCUUAACUGUAAUUUAUUAAAUGUUCUUCAGUAUUAAUUCCUAUAAAAUGUUGUAUCUUGUAUGUAACGAAGUUUAUAUUUCUAUAUUUACAGAUAUCCUAGAAAAAAUGGAAGGGUUUGAUGCUCCAUGUACUCCUAAACCACGGAACAAACUGAUCCAGGGUUCUGUUACUCCAUGUACUCCAAAACCCAGGAAUAAUUUGUUACAAAGAGUUUGUCAACCUACUCCUAAAGGACUGCAAUCUCCAGCAGUUCACAUUCCGUCUACUCCAUAUUUGAAGAAGCUUGGGUUUGGUACAGGGGUCAGCGUAUACCUGUACGAGAGGUCACCACAGGGUGGUAGGGUGAUGUCCCCCUGGGCAGUGAAAAGAGUAAACCUAAGACAUGAGAACACUGAGUACUCAGCGAGGUUGGAGGCUGAGGCCAAGGUUCUGAGAACUCUCUCACACCCUCAUAUUAUCGGAUACAGAGGAUUUGAGAAAACUGACGCAGGCCCCAAGAAUCUUGUGAUGGAGGACGGACACAGAUCUCUUUAUGAUAUCAUCGAGACAAGGAAGGAUGAAUUAGACACCCCAUUCUCUGCAGAUUAUAUUGAGAAGGUUAUUCGUUGGAUUGCAGAGGCCCUCGACUACCUGCACACUGAGAAGCAAAUCAUGCACGGUGACCUCAAAUCCGCCAACAUCCUUGUCGUCGGGGAGUUUGAUAACAUCAAACUGUGCGAUUUCGGGGUCACGUUGGAGGUCAACUCUGAUGGGAGGGUGAAGGAUUCUAAAAAGUUAUAUAUUGGGACAGAUGCUUGGGCUCCAAUGGAGGCAUUACGAAGACAACCCAUCACUACUGCAGCGGAUAUAUUUGCUUUUGGUCUGGUUAUUUUCGAGAUGAUAGCGCUGCAUCCACCACAUGUGGAUAAACUCGUCUGUGACGAAUCCACUGAGAACCUGGACUCGUCUGUCGACAGCGCGGACGAAUCUUUUGACGAUUCCGCUUUUAGAGAAGCCUUAGGAACAAGACCUCCGUUACCUGACCACCUAGACUUAGAUAACUCCUACGCCAAGGUUCUUGAGGUGUUCUUUGCCGCCACCAUGGAGGAUCCUAGACUUCGCCCUUCUGCUCGGGAUAUUAUUAAUAUUCUGGACUCAGAGAACAAGGAGGACAGUGUCCUCUGUGUUAAUGUUAUAGAAGCUCCUUCUGCUCUAUAAUUAAAGAACAAGGAGGACAGUGUCCUCUGUGUUGAUGUUAAAGAAGCUCCUUCUGCUCUAUAAUAAGAGGACAAGGAGGACAGUGUUCUCUGUGUUAAUGUUAUAGAAGCUCAUUCUGCUCUAUAAUUAAAGAACAAGGAGGACAGUGUCCUCUGUGUUAAUGUUAUAGAAGCUGCUUCUGCUCUAUAAUAAGAGGACAAGGAGGACAGUGUCCUCUGUGUUAAUGAUAUAAAAGCUCCAUCUGUUCUACAGAGAACAAGGAGGACAGUGUCCUCUGUGUUAAUGUCAUAGAAGCUCCUUCUGCUCUAUAAUAAGAGGACAAGGAGGACAGUGUCCUUAAUUUUAUAGAUCCUUCAUCUGUUCUACAAACAGAGGACAAGGACAACGUUUACCUUUGUAUUAAUGUUUAAGUACUUCUUCUGCUCUUUAGUACAACUGAAGGCCUAGUUUUACAUUUUCCUCUGUAUUUAUAUUGCUUAAAACAGAAGAACAAUAUAGUGUCUUCAUUUUUUGUUGGGCCUCAAAGUUCAGAACAUUUUUUUAAAAUGAGAUCGUUGUCAUUCCGACUGGGCCUACAGUAACGAGAAUUUCCAUAGUUUUCAGUUUUUGAUAUAUUUAUACAUGUUUUUGAUCUCUCAUAUUCGCAGUUUAAAUAAACAAUAUUGUGUU